CUUUAUAUAUAUAUAACCUUCAUAUGCUACUUUCACUGUAUCACUCUUGUUCUCUCUAAAUCUUUCGAAUCUUGAGUGUUCUUGAACAAUCUUGAAACGGUUCCGAUGUUAACUGUGUCACCAGCUCCACUCAUCGGAAACAACUCCACCAACUCCAAGGACACUUUCAUGGCGGCAGACUUCGCAGAUUUUACGACGGGAGACUUGCCGGACUUCACGACGGUCGGAGAUUUCUCCGACGAACUUCUUGAUGGGAUCGAUUACUACGACGAUCUUUUCAUUGGUUUCGAUGGAGACGAUGUGUUGCCUGAUUUGGAUAUGGACUCGGAGAUUCUUGCGGAAUAUUCCGGUAGUGGGAGAGAUGAGGAGCAAGAGAUGGAGGGGAACACUUCGACGGCUUCGGAGACAUCGGAGAGGGAAGGUGGUGGUGGUGGUGGUGGUUUGUGUAAGCAAGAGCGUGGUGGUGGUGGUGAUGGUGGUGGUGAUGGUGGUUUUAGGGACAAAACGGUGCGUAGAGGCAAACGUAAAGGGAAGAAAAGUAAAAAUUGCUCAUCCGAUGAUAACGAUAUUAAGAAAAAACCUAAGGUGGACUGGACGCCGGAGUUACACCGGAAAUUCGUACAAGCGGUGGAGCAAUUAGGAGUAGACAAGGCGGUGCCGUCUCGGAUUUUGGAAAUUAUGAACGUUAAAUCUCUCACUCGUCACAACGUUGCUAGCCAUCUUCAGAAAUAUAGGUCACAUCGGAAGCAUUUGCUAGCGCGUGAGGCAGAAGCUGCAAGCUGGAAUCUCCGGAGGCAUGCGACGGUGGCAGUUGCCGGAGUAGGUGGAGGAGGAAAGAAGCCGUGGACGGCUCCUGCUUUAGGCUAUCCUCCACAUGUGGCACCAAUGCAUCAUGGCCACUUCAGGCCUUUGCAUGUUUGGGGUCAUCCUACAUGGCCUAAUAAACACAAGCCUAACACUCCGGUCUCAGCUCAUCGGACAUAUCCGAUUCCGGCCGUUGCGGCCGCUCCGUCAACAGCUUGGCCAGCUCAUCCGCCGUACUGGCACCAACAACCACUCUAUCCACAGGGAUAUGGUAUGGCAACAUCAAAUCAUUCAACCAUUGGUGUUCCCGCAACAAGACCAUUAGGACCCACUAAUCCUCCCAUCGACAUUCAUCCCUCGAAUGAGAGCAUUGACGCUGCUAUUGGAGAUGUCAUAACCAAGCCGUGGCUGCCGCUACCUCUCGGACUGAAACCGCCGUCAGUUGAUGGUGUUAUGACGGAGUUGCAACGUCAAGGAGUUUCUGAUGUUCCUCCUCUUCCUUGAGAAAAAUGUCAAAAAAUUCGCCGAAAUCUCGAAUUGUUAACUUCAUUUUUUUUUAGUAUCUUCUAAGUAUUUUUGCAAGGAACAGUAUACUAUCAAUCCUUGUUGCUUUGAUCAUAUGUAUUUCUCUUUAUGAUGUGCAUGUAUUGAAGUUAAGCAACUUUGUAUUAGCUGUCCAGUUUCAUCGAUAAAUAAACUUUUGACAGUAGAUAACUCUACUCAGUUAAUAUA